UAGUAUAAAAUCUUGGGCAUUAGGGUAGUUGUAUGCUCAUUGCAGAUAGCCCCAUGCUAUCCAAAGAAAAUCCCAUGGAGGCAAGGACAUUACAUGCUACUGCUGCUAUCAGACUAUGAACACAUAUUUUAGGUCACAUGUCUUGGCUAGAGUGUGGAGGGAGGACAGAAUGCCCCCUACAGCUUCUCCCAGCCUCUUUGCCUCUGAAGUUCUUCCUUUGCUGUUGCAGCUUUUGCAAGCUUAAAUAAUUUUGCAAUCUAUUCCUGCUUUCAGAGCAUUCAUGUGAGGGGUGCAUUCUUCAUAUUCCUCUAUCUCUGCCAAAUCACCUUGCAGUAGUGAAUUUAGCAUUAGGUACAGCAACAAAUUGGUUGCUCUGUAAAUAGACAUCCAGAUGGUAUAAGGGACAAAGCUGUGGGAUGAUGGUCUUGAUGUAAACCUACUAGGAUUUGAUUCCUGAUGAACUGAUCUGCUCACUCAUCUGUUUUUGCAAUUAAAGAAACAGCUUGCUUCUGUAUAGUCCCUGCCCUUGGUGUCUCGAUGUAGAAGGACCUAGAUUCUGUACAAGGUCAGGGGAGAAAAGAGUUUUUUCAUCCUGAAGUGUGUGAAUGUUUGGGAAACACCUCCAGAUGGAGAAGGAAUUACAGCUUCGAUGACCCUAAACAUUAUGGAGAAUUGUAAUGUUAAAGAUAUGGCUUUUAUAUCUAGUAAGAAUUUUGAUAGGCAUGUGUUUGGUUUUUCACAUCUGGCCAACUUUAAAAGUACAAUUCAGGAACAGAAAAAUUAAUCUGAAAAAGUUUUCAGCUCUUUGCAGUUCAAAGAAAAUCUUUACUGAUGCCCACUCAGAAGUCAUGACUUUAACUGCACAGCGAAUAGUUUUCUACUAGCAUGGAUUAUAAUAAUACAACUGAGUUAUAAUAAUACAACUGACUACUACUACACAUGCAGACUGGAACCAUGAAAAUCAGCUUCAGUGAUGCAUUCUCAAUCUUUGCUGACCCUGACCAAGUUCUUGUACCCACCAGAAAAAAAGUCUGUCCAAAACCUAAGCUAAGGAAGAUGAAGAAUUAAAUUCUCCCUCUCUAGUAGUCACUAAGAAUACCUUGCACCAAGGAAAUAUCCAUACCACACUAUCCUUCCUGCCCUAGUGACUGCUGCAAACAGUGAGAAACCUCUGUGCUCCUUUAACAUGAUGGGAGGAUUCAGGCAGCCCCAAGGACAGGUGCAGGUACUCAUUCCAGCUGCAGUAUUCAUUGGGCUUCACAAUGAUGACUGCUGUGGGUGCUUUGGCCAUGAGAACUGUGGGAAAAGCUGUGCGAUGCUCUCCUCAGUUCUGGCAGCCUUUGUUGGGAUCCUUGGUUCUGGAUACUGUAUAAUCAUUUCAGCACUGGGCUUGUCUCAUGGACCAUAUUGUUAUACUCAUGUAGAAAGAAACUGGGUCUAUCCUUUCACUGAAUCUUCUGGAGGGUACCUGUUUGAGUAUAACAAGUGGUCUAAAUGUCAAGAACCUCAAAACAUCGUUCAGUGGAAUGUCACUCUCUUUUCCAUUCUUCUUGUCCUGGGAGGAAUAGAGUUCAUCCUGUGCUUCAUACAGAUAAUCAAUGGCAUUCUUGGAGGAGUAUGUAGGCUGUGCUGCAGUCAUGAGGAGUUUCCAGCUUCCCAACUAUGUGUGGUAUUUCGAAGGGAUCUGUUUCUCAGGUGUGAUGAUCCUUCUCUUGGCAGUAAUUCUCAUAGCUCUGGAGUGUAGUGUGUUCCAUCAGCGCUGCCAGAGUGAGAGCUGUAAUAAAACCUACAGGAGUUUUAUUUCAAUUGUGUUAGCCCUGCUUGGAGUUGCUUUCUCUGGAUACAGUUGCAUCAUUUUUACCUUGGGGUUG